AUGCAUUAGGAUCGAUGGUUCUGUAUCAACCGGUUCAGCCCAUCACAACCUUGCACGAUGCUGGUAUUCAAGCGGUAACAGCGCUCUCGUUUGAUCCAGUUUCUGAUAGUGUAUGGGCUGGCGUUGACUCCGGGGUUGUCGUCGCACUCCAUACGGUGCAGGGAUUACGAGGCGUAUCUUUCCCGGUUGGCGGUGGGCUUGCUGUCAGGCAGAUUACUGUUGGUGAUAACUAUGUCAGAGCGUUUGGUUUGGCUGGAGAAGGUAUCGGUUCAUGGGCGAAGGGGGGAAUGAACAAGUGGUAUUUCAGACCAACGUCCGCGUUUACAGCGGCGUCCCCAUCGACUUUUACACCAAAUUUAUUGGCAACAGCUUCCAGCAUGCCGGAAUUGAUGCUGCUCAACACCUCUACAGGCAGCACUGUUCGCCAAGCUCCUGUAUCCUCUGUUAUUACACACCUUCAAUUCUCUCUUUCAAAUUUAUUGUCCGCGUCGAUUGAUGGCUACGUACGCAUUCAUGACCCCCGCACUGGCAUUCGAAGAGAGAAUGGAGAAGGAUCUGUUCAAGCUCACAGCAGUGGCGUUCAAGACUUGCAAGUUACUGGCAACCUUUUCUUCACCGUUGGUCGUAGUAUAAGACGAGGACACGAGUUUCCUGACCCACUCGUCAAGGUAUAUGAUCUACGAAGCAUGCGACCGUUGCCUCCCAUUCCAUUCUCCGAAGGGCCCGCCUUCAUCAAUCUUGUGCCAAAACAUUCCUCCAGCCUGGUUGUGACGUCCGCUCAAGGCCUUGUAAACGUUGUCGAUGUUUCUGAUGCUACCAAUAUUAGCGGGUUUUACCAACUCGAAACGACUGCCUACAUCACAUCUGUUGCAUUGUCUUCCAGUGGUUCCUUCAUAGGUUUUGGCGACGCUGCCGGUGAUAUUCAUCUCCUAACAGCUGCAGACGAGUCCUCCGAGCUGUAUUUUAAUGGCUUUGAAGGACAACCAAUAGAACACGCAGACGUCCCCGAACCUUUGCCCGACAUAACCUGGACAGAUUCCACUCCACUGAACUCUAUUGGCAUGCCUCACUAUAAUACGCUGCUAUUGUCGUCCUGGACACCUCGCUUCGUCUCACAUGGCUUGCACUACCCACCUCUGCCGAAGAUUCCCCCUCAGAUCCUAAGUACAAUGAAGGUCAAUGACAAUAUAGCCUACGCCGCUUUACCGAAGGAAUUGCGGGGGCGACGAAAUCGCGUUCAGGUCACGAACACAAAGGACCAGGGUCGCUUUAGAAGCGGGAAAAGUCGGAGGGACGAUGUGGACCUCGAAAAUCUCUCGAUUGAUGAUAGUGUCGAAGAGGUACCACGAAUGUACCGCAAAGUUGAAAUCGAGUACUCCAAAUUCGGAGUAGAAGACUUCGACUUCGGGUUCUACAACAAAACGUCUUACAGUGGGUUGGAAACACAUAUCCUCAACUCGUACACGAAUCCAAUUCUCCAAGUGAUGCACUAUACGCACCCCAUCAGGAAUUUGGCUAAGUCGCACACCACGACAAACUGUCCGCGAGAGCAUUGCUUACUUUGUGAGCUUGGGUUUGUCGUCCGCAUGCUUGAGGACGCCCACGGGACAAACUGUCAGGCAAGUAAUUUCUGCAGGGUGAUAGGUGUACUGGCCCAGGCCCGCAACCAGUUAGACCUCAUCGACUAUGGCAGGGAAGCGCCAUAUGACCAGAUGAUCCAGUCCUUCCAUAGGUUCUUUGUCGAUCAUCUCAGCGUGGAGGGAAAUUCGUUCCCGCACAACCCUGUCGUAUAUCAGCGUGACCCUUAUUCGUCAGACACCAACUCGCCUGCUGCGGCGCCGAUCACACAAUUACUCGGUAUUGACGCAAAGAACAUCGUCACCUGUUUGAACUGCAAGGCAGUUCGGGAGAAGGAGAACAUGACGCACAUCAUCGACAUGGUUUACCCCCGGCCAAUGUCUCCAAACGAGCCACAGAUUUUGACCGACUUUGCCAAUAUCAUUCGCAGUUCUAUCAUCCGAGAGAUGAGCCAUAAAGCCACAUGCCAGACGUGCAAGCAAUUCGCGACAUUCAUUUCCCGACGUUCUAUAUCCACCGCAGAUCUUCCACCUAUUCUCGCAAUCAAUACAUCCAUUUACAAUGAGGAGAGCAUGAAAUUCUGGUUUGAUACUCGACAUGGGUCAUUUUUGCAGUCGCAAAUCGAGCUACAGGGAGAAAUUGAUGGGGUAGAAGAUCCGGAGAUUGCCGCAUAUGAACUCAGGGCAAUAGUAUGCCAAAUUACUACGAAGACGAAGCAGUCACAUCUGGUUGCGCUCAUCAAAGUUCCACCAGCGCAUGUUUAUCAUGCAGAAACCAGUGUGAACACGAAGGGCCCAUGGUAUUUGUUCAAUGACUUCGUUGUCCUCAAUAUUUCCGAAGAGGAAGCUCUUAGUUUUCCAAGCACUUGGAAGAAACCUUCCAUUUUGUACCUAGAACGGACGGACGUACGGGACAGGUUGGAUUUCAGGGGACUCCCUGACGAACUCGACCCUUCCAUACUAAGCCAGGAUACGUCAAUAUCUAUUAACCGCGACAAGAGUCUCAUCAAACACGAGCCCCUUCGCUUUGAGGAGCUUCCUACACCUGGAACACUGGUUGCGAUUGACGCUGAGUUUGUGUCCAUGCAACAGGAGGAGAUUGAGUACCGUUCUGACGGGACUAGUCGAGUCCUUAGACCAGCUCGCCUCAGUCUGGCACGCGUAUCUGUACUACGUGGAGACGGUCCAAAGGAAGGGGUACCCUUCAUUGACGAUCAUAUCCAUACGAGUGAGGCUAUAGUUGACUACCUGACAGAGUUUUCUGGGAUCAAAUAUGGGGAUUUGGACCCCCAUUUGUCUCCCUUCACGCUAACACCGCUGAAGCUAGUUUACAAAAAGCUGCGUUUGCUCGUUGAUCGGGGGUGCAUUUUCGUCGGUCAUGGGUUAUCGAAGGAUUUUCGGAUUAUCAACAUCUAUGUCCCGCCAGAACAGGUCAUCGACACUGUCGACCUAUAUUUCAUUAGCAGUCGGCAACGAAGAUUGUCGUUGCGCUAUUUGGCGUGGUACAUACUGGGAGAGAACAUUCAGACCGACACGCACGAUUCUAUCGAAGACGCCAACUCUGCACUUCGGUUAUACAAGGCCUACCAAGACAUGGAAGAACGGGGUGCGUUCGAUGAGAAAUUGGAGGAGCUGUAUCGCGAAGGUCGUCAAUAUAACUUCAAACCUCCGGCGUCUGCUGGUGCAUCUGCAUCGCCAUCGAAGCCACAAACAUCCGGUCCACCGACGCAAGCACCGUCGCCAGCGCCUCAGUUAAACUUGUCCCCUAGCAAAUUCAACCAGCAGCAGCAGUUCACGCACAUGAAUGCAAACUUCUACAGUCUCCCAGACAUGUCGCGGUUUGCCGGCGGACGCGAUUGGAAUAGGAACCGCUGACUACAAAACGACAAGGCUCAUAAACAUAUAAAU